GGAAAAAAUUGGGCAAGAAGUGGAAUGCACUUUCAAAAGUAGAAAAAGAAAAUUUCAUGGCAAAGUCCAAAGAAAGUUCAAAACAAUAUUCACUUCAAAAGGGUGUGGUUCCAAAGUUAUAUCUUCAGACUCGAUGCUCCCCCGAGCGAGUUAUUAGAGUGAUUGAAAAUUUAGAACCAAAGCAAAAGGCAGCCAUAGAAGAAAUAGGAUUUGGUAGCCUCUUGCAACUUCGAUGUAGGAAAAUUGAUCAUGGGUUAUGUCUUUGGUUGAUAAAUAGUUUUAAUCCGAACACUUAUAUGUUACAGUUGUAUAAUACUUGUAUCAAAUUAUCCCCCAUUGAUGUUGAAUUUAUUAUGGGAUUGAGGGCAAGAGGGUUCAAGAUUGGCAUGAACAAAGAUGUUGGUCAUAAGAAUGAUUUAUGUAAAAAAUAUUGUGAUAAAAAAGGGCGAUUGCCAUUAGUGAUGUUAGAAAAUCAAAUUAGGGAGGAUAAAGAGGGAGGAAACGAUUUUAAAGUUCGUUUUGUAUUAUUUGUGUUGGGUGCAUUAUUGUGCCCAACAAUGAAGCUUUUUGUGAAUCGCUCUUUCUUACAUCUUGUGGAAGACAUCGAUUCAAUAAAGAAGAUGAAUUGGACAGAAUUUGUGUUGUCCUAUCUUGUGCACGGGAUUGAAGAGUUUAAGAAGAAACAACAAAGUGGGGUUUGCGGUUGCUUAUUGUUUUUAAUGUUAUUCUACCACGAGCAUAUAUCCUUUGAAGAGAAAUUCCUACCGCUAUAUACUCGACAUUCUCCUCGGAUUACUGCUUGGGGAGAUGAUGAAGUUUUGGACAGGAAACGAAGAUUGAAAAAACUUGGUGGAUAUGCAAAUGAGGAUCUCAAAAUAUGGGUGAUAGAAAAUGAGAUAAGGGAUUGCGUUGAUGGAAAUGUAACGACAAUGGCGAGUGAGAAUGAGGACGAUGAGAAAUUUGUAUCCAAUCUAAACAAAGAUGUUAUUAAACGAGUUGAUGGUGGGAAGUUAAUGGAGAUGGAUAAAACCUUUCAACAAUUAAAGACACAUCUACUUGAUAUGGCUUAUGGUGCAAGUAGUAGUAGUUGUGAUAAAAUUUUGGCUAAAUUUGAGGAGAAUUAUACUCAAGUGAAAGGUCUCUUCCUUAGGUCAAGCGGAAAACCUUUGAGAAUGCACGAGGAAGGAACGAAGAAUGACAUCCUCUCAUGCGAGAGAAGUUUGGAAGAUACGAACAAUAUGAAUGUGAAUGAACAUUAUCUUCACACUUUGUCAAAUGAGAAGUUAUGCACCGAGGACUUGAAUGAAAAGAAUGAAGAUGCAUGUGCUACAUCAAUUGAAGUGCAUAUCAUUCCAGACGAAAAUGAAAAUAUCUUACCACUUCCAAUCAAAAGGAGUACAAGAGAUUAUGGAAAGGUAUGUAUCAUAUAA